AUGGGGAACACAGCAGGGAAAGAAGCUAGACCAAGAUCUAAUACUUAUUCAUCAACAUCUAGUACCUUAAAUUCAUAUGAUAUUAAUAGAAGGAAUACCAUUUUCGGCAAUGUUAAUGAUUAUAAGAAAAGUAGAAAACAAGAAGAAAGAGAUAGACAACGAGAAGACCAUUAUAGUAAAUUAAUAGUCAAAUAUGAUCAAACUGUUGAUGGAGGAUAUUUGGCACCUUUUGGAACAUAUAAAUCUAAUUUAGAUUUCAAUGUUGAUAUUGUUAGAGAGUUAAUAAUCCAGAGGAAAUUGGCUCCAUUUUAUACUCCAUUACAGGAUUUUGAUGAUGAUUGGACCGAAGAUGAAUUACUUAAGAUUUUAUCACAAUUAACUUUACACUCAAUUGAAAUUGCUUAUGACGAUGAAGAAAUCGACGAUAUUGAUGAUCAUAAGAUUCAUAAAUCUUCAAAUUUUUAUAAAAGACAAGAACAAAAGAUGAAAUUGAAAUUAUUGAUGGAGAAAAUUAAAUCAUUACAAAAGGAUGAAGAAAAUAAGUUCUUCGAUAUCAAACUCGAGGGCAAAGAUGAUAAUUUACCUUCGAAAGAUUUAUUAUUAAAAUUAUAUAAGAAUCCUAUCGAAUGUCCUAUUUGUUUUUUGUAUUAUCCCAAUAAUUUAAAUCUAUCAAGAUGUUGUUUACAACCAAUUUGUACUGAAUGUUUUGUCCAAAUUAAAAGAUUAGAUCCCCAUCCUCCACAUGAUCAACAAGAACAAUCUCAAGGUAAUGAAUUACCUCAUACACUUAUAAGUGAGCCAUCAAACUGUCCAUAUUGUGCAAUGAAUGAUUUUGGAGUUAUAUUCGAAAAAGAUCUUGAUAUUAAAACAGGAAUAUCUGGUAUCAAACCUGGCACGUAUCAUAAUGAUCUUAUUCAUGAUCCAACUCAAGAUAAUAUCAAUGAAAUUAAAGAUGAUUUAAAGAAUUUAAAUAUUGAAAGUUCUGAAGUAUUUUCAUCAUCACCUUCAUCAUCGCCAUUAAAAGCAUCACCAAUUAAAUCACCCACCCCAGCAUCACAAAAAGAAGAAUCACUUAGAGAAAAACGAAGAAGAAGAUCAUCCAUUCCUGCAAAUUCACCCAAAGUCAUAACUAUAGAUCAAAUUAGACCCGACUGGGAAUUAAAAUUAGCUAGUGCUAAAAGUAAAUUAGCAAGGAAAUCUGCAGCUGCUAGUGCUAUCCAUGCAUCAAAUUUAAUUAUAAAUCCAUCAACAGAUUUAGCUGAAUAUGACACCCGAAGAAGAAAUUCCAAUAGUAAUACUAGAUUUCAAACUAUUGAAGAUAGAAUGAUUGAAGAAGCUUUAAGAUUAUCAAUAAUUGAUGAAGAAGAAAGAGUUAGGAGACAAGGUACGCCUCAAUCUGAAUCUUCCAAUAAUACAUGA